AUGACAACCUCCAGCGUCUUUCGUCGGCGUGCCGCACUGGUAGUGGCUGCAUCCGCCGUGUCACUCAUUUUGGGCCACCUCUGGCUGACAAACUACGAUUCAUUGCCGGACUUGCCUCGUCUGAAAAGCCUUCUCCACCCAGUGGAGGACAACACUGCGCUACUACAGAACCUGCCUGACUUGGAAAGCUCGCUCAGCGUCACUGAGGGGGAUGAUAACACACUGGACUUUGUCCGCCGAGCCAGCGAAAGCGGCCAUGUCACAUUCUCGGCAGAAUUCAAGUACACAAAAAGGUGCUUCCAGGAAGCAGACGGCUUUGACAUCGAUCGGCAUGAUAUCGCAAAUACUGUCGAGCCAUUGAUCACCGAGCAUUUUCUCCAAGUGAAACUCGACCAGACCGGCCCGGUGACCACAGAGCCCUGUGCUGCGCUGUCGAUACCGAUUGCAAAGCCCUAUCCCGAGAAUGCGACGUACCACAACCUCGCCUUCGGCAUGGCGACAACAUUUUCGAGGCUUGUCGAGGCGUUUGACAGCAUCUCUCAUUGGGCGUCUGGCAGCGGCUCGCUGCUCGUUGUCAUCGUAGAGGACUACACGGAGCACCAGAGGGGCAUCAGCGAGCUCCUCGCGCACUACCACAAGGCUCAGGUCAAUGCCACAUUCAUACCCCCGGUUUCAAGCAGGCACUCCACGUCGCAAUCCCACUUCAUGGUGCUCAAUACGAUGAUCGUCAUGAGCGGCAACGAGACGGAAUGGUUCGGGCUCCUCGACGACGACACGUUCUUCCCGCACCUAGCACCCCUCUCUGCCGCGCUCGGCAUCCUCGACCACGACGACAAGGACCUGUACGUCGGCGCGCUGUCCGAAGACUGGCCCUCGCUCGAGAAGUUCGGGCUGAUGGCCUUUGGCGGCGCGGGUGCGUACAUCUCGGCACAUCUCGCGCGCAAGAUUGGAGCGAUGCAGACGGCCCGGCAAUGUCUCAGGGAGUCUCCGCCAGAUUUCGGCGACGUCCUUAUCCGCGACUGCAUAUACCGGCACAGUAAUGCCCGACUGACUGUCCUACCGAAUCUAUUUCAGCAUGACCUGACCAGAGAUAUGCGAGGCUUCUUCGAGUCCGGCAUCGAGCCGCUCAAUCUGCAUCACUGGAACAGCUGGUACAAGGAGCCUGUAGUGGCCAUGGCGAGGGCGGCCAAGUUCUGCGGGUGUGUGUGCUUUCUUCAGCGGUUCGCAUUCGGCAGUGACACGAUUCUCUCAAACGGCUACUCGAUAAGCAUUUACGCAAAUGGGCUGGGUUCCAUCGAUCUGGCCAAGAUGGAGCGAACAUGGGGAAAUGCCGCGGGUGAGGAAGAUCUCAAGUGGGCAUAUACCAUGGGUCCAAUGCGAGACCGAGUCCCGGACGACGAACGCAAGACAUACUACUUACAGUAUACCGAGGUCGUCGGACAGUUGAUGAGGCAGCUGUAUGUGCGGAAAGGCUCUGGAGAUACAGGAUCAUCUGAUGAAGUCGUGGAGCUCGUUUGGAUGAGAUAA